CCGCUCGGGAAUUUUUAAAGUUAUAUCUGGGCCGGGGGUUCUGUGGGUGGCGCUCGCGCCUCUCUCCGGUGGCGGGAGACAUGCGCGCGGCGCGCGGCCUGUGCUUCUUCCUCAGCCUCUGCGCGCUCUGCUCCUGCGCCACCCGGAAGUACUACCUGGGCGCCGUGGAGUUGCCAUGGGACUAUGUGAGCGGUGGUGCUUCCGGUGCCCAGCGCAGCGACUCCAGGUUCCCUCCCGGGACACCAGCGCCGUCUGCGCAUGUUGUGCACACGAAGACGGUGUUUGUGGAGUACAUGGACCGGUUUUUCCACACGGCAAAGCCCAGGCCACUGUGGAUGGGUCUCCUAGGCCCCACCAUUUGGACCGAGGUUCACGACACUGUGGUCAUCACACUCAAAAACAUGGCUUCUCAUCCCGUCAGUCUCCACGCUGUCGGUAUGUCCUUCUGGAAGGCGUCCGAGGGCGCGGCAUACGACGACCACAGCAGCCCGGCCGAGAAGGACGACGACAAAGUCCUCCCCGGCGAGAGCCACACUUACGCGUGGCAGGUCCUGGGGGAGAGCGGCCCAAUGGCUUCCGACCCCCCGUGCCUCACCUAUGCCUACCUGUCUCAUGUGGACCUCGUGAGGGACCUGAACUCGGGCCUCGUCGGGGCCCUGCUCGUGUGCAAAGAAGGCCGUCUGUCCGCAGACAGAACACGGAUGCCACCCCACUUCGUGCUGCUUUUUGCUGUCUUCGAUGAAGGGCGGAGCUGGCACGCAGCAACACGUGACCCCGCGUCCACCGAGGCCCAGCCCACGGUGCACACUGUGAAUGGCUACACGAACCGGACACUGCCGGGUCUGACCGGAUGCCGCGGAACAUCCGUGUACUGGCACGUGAUGGCGGUGGGCACCACGCCCGACAUACACUCCAUCCUCCUCGAAGGCCACACAUUCUCUGUGAGGAGCCACCGUCAGGCUUCCCUGGAGAUCUCACCUAUGACUCUGCUCACGGCUCAGACGUGGCUGAUGGACCUGGGGCGGUUCCUGCUCUUCUGUCACAUCUCCUCCCACAGACACGGUGGCAUGGAAGCCUACGUCCAGGUGGACAACUGCCCCGAGGCGCCCCAGGGGCAGGGGAAAAGGGACGAGGACACAGAGGACUAUGAUGAUCUGGACUCGGAAAUGGACGUCUUCACCUGGGACCCCGAUGCCGCCCCCUUCGUCCAGGUCCGCUCAGCAGCCAAGAGACACCCCAAGACCUGGGUGCACUACAUCGCAGCAGAGGAGGGGGACUGGGACUACGCGCCUGCGGCCGCCACCCUAGAAGACGGGAGCCUGCGGAACCGGUACCUGGGGCGCGGCCCUGGCCGCAUCGGCAGCAAAUAUAAGAAAGUCAGGUUCGUGGCCUACACGGACGGCACCUUUCACACGCGUGAGGCCACCCCGCGUGAAGCUGGGCUCCUAGGGCCACUGCUCUACGGGGAGGUCGGAGACUCACUGUUGAUUGUGUUCAAGAACCGAGCGAGCCGGGCAUACAACAUCCACCCUCAUGGGAUCCGUGACGUUGGCGCUGUGCAUGCAGGGAGGCUGCCACGAGGGGUGAAGCACGUGAAGGAUUUGCCGAUCCGCCCAGGAGAGACGUUCAAGUACAGGUGGACGCUGACCGCAGAGGAUGGGCCUGCAAGGUCGGAUGCGCGGUGUGUGACGCGCUACUAUGCGAGCGCUGUGGAUCCCGAGAGAGACCUGGCUUCCGGGCUGAUUGGCCCCCUCCUCAUCUGCUGUAAAGAAUCUGUAGAUCAAAGGGGGAACCAGAUGAUGUCAGACGAGAGGAACGUCAUCCUGUUCUCCGUGUUUGAUGAGAACCGGAGCUGGUACAUCUCGGAGAACAUGCGACGCUUCCUCCCCGACGAGGCACAUGUGCAGCUGCAGGACCCCGAGUUCGAGGCCUCCAACCUCAUGCACAGCAUUAAUGGCUACGUCUUCGACAGCCUGGAGCUGCGCGUUUGCCUGCACGAGGUGGCUGCCUGGCACGUGCUCAGCGUCGGCGCGCAGACUGACUUCCUGUCUGUCUUCUUCUCUGGACACACGUUCAGACACAGGGCAGUGUACGCAGACACACUCACGGUGUUCCCGCACUCGGGGGUCACCGUCUUCAUGUCCAUGGAUAACCCAGGUGUGUGGGUGCUGGGGUGCCACAACCCGGACUUCCGGGAGAGCGGGAUGACCGCACUGCUGAAGGUUUCCAGUUGUGACGAGGGCGUGAGUGAUUACUACGGAGAGACCUAUGAGGGCGUUCUGGCCCCGUUGGCCAAUGACAACGCCGUGGACCCCAGGAGCUUCUCCCAGAAUUCAAAUCAUCUGCACAGCAGGAAAAAGAAAAGCAACACGCCGAUGCGCUUCCCACUGAGCCAUCCUACCCAGCAUGGCUCCUUUUGGUCGGACAGCCAGGGAGAUGUCCAUGACGCUGUUCAUAGAGCCCAUUCACCCGCUGCAGCACACAGCAAUGAAGGCCCAGCCGAAGCAGCCCAGCUCGAGCCCAAACCCCAUCCCGGUGAGAAAAUGGCACUUCCUCCUUCUUGGUUAAGAGCAAAGAGAAGUCUGGUGACAACCAUGGAAGCCAAGCGGAAGAAACUGGAUCUCCAGGUCCAGGUUUCUGGUUUGCCCGACGACAGAACAACCGCAGUGGUUGCGCCGGACGAUCCGAUGGCGGCUUGUAAGAAGGCGGGUUCUUCAGGGUUUCCAGAUGAAUCGAGUCCUGCUGCAUUGGGUAAGAAAAUGUAUCCCCGUAUCAGGCCCCACGGACCUUUAAGCAUCAUUGAAGGAAACAGGGAUUCCAACUCGUCGGACUCGACUUUAAUGUAUAGGCUGGGAAGUCCACCAGGAGACGCCACAUCAUGGACGGAGAACCGCAGAGGACUUGGCGAGAAGAGGUCUCACAGGGUCGCUUUCCUGGCCAGAGGUAACACUUUACUCAGCGACGUUGAUGAAAAAUCGCAUGCCCCCGGCCCAACAUCAGUUGGGAACAGCACAGCAGCUGUGCAGGACACCAUAUUAGAGAUCUGCAGUGAGAUUCUCGAGGUCACACCUCCGAUUCAUGACAGGAUACUUUCAGACAAAAGUGCUACAUAUUUGAGACCGCACCGUACGCCCGACAGAAUCACCUCGACGGAAAGGAAAGACAUACGUCACAAAAAAGAUGGAGAUCUUGUUCCGCAGGAUGCAGAUGACACAAGCGCACCAUUCUCGGAGGCGCCUUUCCUGUCAGAAUCCACAGAUUGGUUAAAAGAGGCCAAUGGGGAUAACUCCGCAAAACCUGAGCAAGAACCCAGUCCAGAGCAAUUAGUGUAUUUAAUGUAUAUAAAGUGUAUGGAAAAUCAGAGUUUCUCGUCAGAGAAGAAUAAAAUGAUAGCAGGGCAAGGUGGAUUUACCAAGAACACAGGACUUGAAGACACGGUUUUUCCCAGAAAGACGAGUGUGUUUCUCACCACUGUGGCUAAGCGGCAAGAAAGUGGGAGGCACAACCAAGAAAACAUUCCUCAGGCAGUGACAGAGAAGGAAGCGCCAAUCGAAGAGAAGGGAGCUCUGCCCCAGGUGCACAUAGCGACUGGCUCUAAGAACUUCCCGAGAGACAUGUUUGUACUCGGUACUGGGCAAAAUAUAAAUCUCCACGAAGAGACAUAUGUACCAGUUCACAAAAACGUCCCAUGGACAAGAAACCCAACAGACACAAGACAGAUUCCCAUGGUUCAUUUCUUUAAGAAAAGGAAGGAGGAGGAAACCAAUUCAGGAGGCUUGGUAAAUAAAACGAGAGAAACGGUGAGAAACUACCCAAGCCAGAAGAAUAGCGUUGCUCGACGUAGGGAACAGGCUUCGGGACGAAUCAAAGCAUCCGCUCGUUGGCUUCCAGACGUAAACCGUUCAAUCCAGAGUCUCCUUAAACAGAUUGACCACCGCAAGGAAAGGAAAAAGUUCAUUAUAGAAUCUCGCUCCGCAGAUUCUUCUGGGACUAAAAGUCCCACUCAGACCAAUCAUUCUCCCUCACACGUUGUGAAAAUGUCAGCAUUCCCACCGAGAGACAUCCGAAGGAUCGAGUCGCGAGACAGUUCUCAGGUCUGGGUGUCGUCCUAUGCUUACGACUUUGAGACAGGAAGUUCUAGAAUUCGAGAGAGCAGUCCUUUCCUGAAUGAAACUGAAACGGAUAACCCUUCUCUCGCCGUGCCACCGCGGGAGAGGUUCGUGCGUCGAGGAAGGUUCGCCUCCCCAGAAAAAGUGAACACACACUCAGCGCCGUGUGACAAACCCGAAAAUGUUGUCUCCUCGGAACCAGUGUCGCCUGGCGAAGCUGUCACAGUCGCACUCCCUCCUCACGUCUCCACUCAGGAGGAGGAACCUUUGCCUGCAGGAAGUAGCUGUGAGCGUCGCGGACAUGUGGAUCUCUUUCUCGAGAUCUCUCUCCAGAGAACACGGGGGCCCGUUGAACGGAGUAGAGGAAGGAGGUCUGGGGGAGACACGGAAGGUCACACAGAGAACCCCGGAAAGACUCCCUCCCCACUGCCACAGAUGCCGAAAGAUCAGCGUGGGUCUGAAGCGGGGUACCCGAAAAUCUGCCGCUGGAGAGACGGCACUGUUUUGCCCCCGAGGCCUCACAACCUUUCCCUAGGAGCAAAGAAAAAACCAAAUCUGCCCCGAAGAGAAGCCACUCGGGUGGAGCAAGGCGAGGCUCCGAGCCUGGUCUCUCCAGAGCCCCUGGUGCUGAGACGACGUCCAAGGGAAGCUAGCACCCUUCUGCCAGGAGGAGAGAUGCGAGAGGACGACGGUGAUGGUGUCACGGCGGAGUACGACGACGACGAUGACGUCAUGGCAGAGUAUGACGACGAUGCUGUCACGGUGGACACGCCCGAGGAUUUCGACAUCUAUGGCGAGGAGGCAGGGCAGGGACCCCGCGGCUUUCAGCAGAAAACGCGGCACUAUUUCAUCGCGGCCGUGGAGGAGCUUUGGGACUACGGGGUGCGUGUGUCGCCUGGAGCUCUGGGAGACAGGGCGUGGAGUGGGGACGCAGCUCGGUUCCGGAAAGUGGUUUUCCGUGAGUUCACGGACGGGUCGUUCACGCAGCGUGUGCACCGUGGGGAGCUGGACGCACACCUGGGGCUAUUGGGGCCAUACAUACGGGCGGAAGUGGAGGACAACAUCGUGGUGACCUUCCGGAACCAGGCCUCCCGCCCCUACUCCUUCUACUCCAGCCUCGUGUCCUACCCGGAAGCCGACGGUGGAGCUGCACCAAGGAGCAACUUUGUGCGGCCCAACGAGACCAAAACUUACUUCUGGAGAGUCCGGCCCCACAUGGCGCCCACGGACGGCGAGUUUGACUGCAAGGCCUGGGCCUAUUUCUCCGACGUGGACCUCGAGCGAGACCUGCACUCGGGGCUGAUUGGGCCACUGCUCGUGUGCCACGCCUCCACCCUGCACCCCUCGCACGCGCGGCCGCUCGCAGUGCAGGAGUUCGCGCUGCUCUUCGCGGUGUUCGAUGAGACCAAGAGCUGGUACUGCGCUGAGAACCUGGACCGGAAGUGCAGGCCGCCCCGUGGCACCCCCGCGGGAGACCCCGCCUGGAGAGAAGAGUACCGCUUCCAUGCCGUGAAUGGUUACGUCGCAGAUGCUCUGCUUGGCCUGGUGAUGGCGGAAGGUCGGAGGACGAGGUGGCAUCUGCUCAGCAUGGGCGACCCCGGGCACGCACAGUCCGUGCAUUUCAGCGCGCACAGCGUCACCGUGCGGGACGGGGGCGAGCACAGGACGGCGGUGUGCAACCUGUACCCAGGCGUGUUCACAACCGUGGAGAUGUUGCCGUCCAGAGCGGGGAUCUGGCGGGUGGAGAGCCUGGUGGGCGAGCACCUACAGGCUGGGAUGAGCGCCCUCUUCCUGGUGUACAGCACGCGCUGCCAGGUCCCGCUUGGCAUGGCUUCCGGUUACAUCCGGGACUCGCAGAUCACGGCUUCCGGCUACCACGGGCUGUGGACCCCGCAGCUCGCGAGGCUUCACAACGCGGGAUCCGUGAAUGCCUGGAGUGCCAAGGAGCCAUUCGCGUGGAUCAAGGUGGAUCUCCUGGCGCCCAUGAUUCUUCACGGCAUCGAGACGCAGGGCGCCCGACACAGACUUUCCAGCCUUUAUGUGUCUCAGUUCAUCAUCAUGUACAGCCUGGAUGGGAAGCAGUGGCUGAGCUACCGAGGAAACUCCACGGGAAGCCUGAUGGUUUUCUUCGGCAACGUGGACGCGUCCACUGUGAGGCACAACCGCUUCGACCCCCCGAUCGUUGCCCGCUACAUCCGUGUGCACCCCACACAUGCCAGCAUCCGUACCGCCCUGCGCAUGGAGCUGCUCGGCUGCGACCUUAACAGCUGCAGCGCGCCCCUGGGCAUGGAGAGUGGAUGGAUCUCGGACACGCAGGUCACUGCCUCGUCCCACCUCAGCACCACGUUCUCUGCUUGGCCGCCUGCGCUCGCUCGGCUUCACCUCCGGGGUGGGGCCAACGCCUGGCGACCCCAGGUGAAUGAUCCCACACAGUGGCUGCAGGUGGACUUGCAGAGGACUGUGAAAGUCACCGGCGUCGUCACCCAGGGUGCGCGGUCUCUCCUCACUGCCAUGUUUGUGAAAAAGUUCCUCGUCUCCACCAGCCAAGAUGGCCGCCACUGGACUCACGUCUUGCAAGACGGCAAGGUCAAGGUUUUUCAGGGUAACCGGGAUGCGUCCACGCCCAUGGUGAACUCUCUGCACCCCCCGCGCUUCACUCGAUACCUUCGGAUUCACCCCCAAGUGUGGGAGCGGCAAAUUGCUCUGCGGCUCGAGAUCCUGGGGUGUGAGGCUCAGCAGCUGGACUGAGGUUGCCUUCGCACCUGCGCCUGUCACCCCUCCUCAGUUCGAGGGUUGUGUCACUGCUGUAAAGGGAAGCAUGGCAGCGCAUAAGCAGAUGUGGCGCUGGAGGAGUGACCGCGAUUCCACAUCUGGACCCACGGGCAGCAGGAGGACAGAGACGCGCCACCACCAUUUUAUUUAAGACCAUACAUGAUGUAUAACCAUAUAUGAUCACACACGACCCCACUCUGAUACUCUCCAAAUUAUUCAUCCUGAAUUUCCUGAAGACUUAACUUUCGACGUUCGGAGUGGAAGCCAGGAAGCGAUGCACUAGGUUUUACACGUUCGGUGUAUAUGGUGUAUAUAUGAUGUAUAUUGUGCACGGCCAAAACCAAAAAAAAAAAAUCCGUGAUAGAAUGAGAACUGGAAAAAAUGAUUCUUUUUAUUCCUUCUCAUCCAUGAACUUCAUUCACUCAUUCAUGGCCCCACUAUAUGUAGCCUUCCAUGUUCUCUUUUCUUCAUGUUAUACUGUAUCUAAAUGUAUGUUUGUUUACAUAUAUAAUAUAUAAAACUAUAUAACUAUACAUAGGUAUAUAUAAGUAUAUAUAAGUAUAUAACUAUGUAACUAUAAUGCUAUAUAUAUAACUAUAAGUAUAUAUAACUACAUAACUAUAUACAUAACUAUAUAUAUAAACUCUAUAUAACUGUAUAUAACUAAGUAUAUAUAACUAUAUAUAAGUAUAUAAAACUAUAUAUAACUAUAUGUAAAUAUGUAUCAUCAGCUAGAUUAUAUAUAUGAGAGAAAACAUAUAGAUCUUUUCUUUCUGACAUUGCGUGACCUCAUUUAAUAACAUACAUUCUAAGGCUAUUUAUGUUCCUGAAAGUUUUAUCUUCAUUUAAACUUUAAUUGAAAACCCGAAACACUGAAACUUUUAGGAAAAAAAGAAAAAGAAACCCACAGGAUAUAUAUAUGUAUAUAUAUAUAUAUAUAUGUAUAUAUAUAUACAUAUAUAUAUAUAUAUAUUUUCACCCUUGAAUAUAUACAUACCCUUGAAGAUCUCAGUCUAGGCAGGAACUUUCAAAUGGAGCAUAAACUCGACAGGAACUGACCCCAAGUAUCAACAUGUGAAAAACAUGCGCAGCAAGAGAAACGACCAUCAGUUCACACUACGUCCAGAGGAUAAGAGACAAAUCUUUACCAGCUACACUUCACAAAAGGGCUAAUUAAUAUGCAGGGGCUGGAGGGAUGGCUCAGUGGUUAGAGCACCGGCCGUUCUCCCAGAGGUCCCUAGUUCAAUUCCCAGUGACUGCACGGUGGCUCGCAACCCUCUGUCAUGGGAUCCGUGUCCACGCACAUGGAGCAGUCUCUGCCCUGUCACGCACACAGAGUGCUACUAUCUUCAAUAAAUGAAUAAUUCUUAAAAAGGGCUGAUAUCCAGGAUUUACGAGAACUGCGGAAAUUAAACACCAAUGAGAUUAAAUUGUUAAGCCACAAAUGGGCAAAU